UAGCCGACAGAAAAAAACGCAGCAGUGUGGCGACUCUCGCGAAUCUGCGAGAAACGUCCGUCAUGUCGGCAGCAGCACCAAGGCACGGUCACGCGCGGGUGACGACGGGCGAGGAAGAUGAGGAGCUGGACCCCAUGGUGGAGCAGCUGCAGGACUGCAGCCGCCUCUACGUCCACCUAGAGAACUGUCUUGUGGAGCACGACAGGGAUUGGAGGAAGUGCCAGGAAGGUGAGCCAGUGUGAAGGAAUACUAGAGAGCAGUAACUAUGAUUCAGCUGGCCAGGAAUUGCGGUUGUGGAGUCCUAGUUAUCUCUCCUCGCUCCGCCCUUCAUCACCCCUCUCUCUCAAGCGGUCCUUAUAUUGAUUGAAAUGAAGGGCACAAGGUAGGAAGGCAUGUGGGGUCAUACAGAAACAAGGACAGCCUGCAACCUACGGGAGCUCCCUGAGGGGCUCCAGGAUGGCAAGGCAGUCUCCUAGGGAGAGGCUGUCCGCAGGUGAGUCCACAGGGGUGGGGCAUUGAGCUUGAUGAGAUAGUUCGUGCCCUGGCCACGCUGCAAGGCAAUGGACCACCGCUCACGGAACUGGUGGAGGAGCCUGGCCUGGCGGCCUGGUAGGGCGCUGGGUCUGCAUUGAAAGGCUUCCUGGCGGGCGGCAGUCUCCACCAGGAGCUUCAGAAUGCUUUUUGAGGCGACUAAAAAAUCGGUCUCCGCCAGGAGCUUCAGGCAGAAUGCGGGGAACUCCCAGCAGGGGCAGCCAUAGGUCUCCACGGCUUGGGGAAGAAUCCCACAUAGUCAGGGCGGGUGGAGUAGUGGUAUAUCUGCUUCUCCGCGACCUCCUGUGCCGCCCAUCCCCGUCCCUUCCGGGCAAGCUCAUCCCGCAUGCUGAUGGGAUCGGUGACCGGGCCGUCACGGAUCCAGAUGGCGCCAAUCUUGCGGUUGUGGACAGCGAGGUCUUUCUUCUUUCCUUCGAUGGGUGAGUACAUCGCUGUCUCUUCGUGCACGAUAAACCCCGCAUCCUGGGCCAUGCGUGCACACACGUUGCGGAUGGUGUUGUGGGUGUUGGCCCUUCCCGUCCCAAGCCCGCAGCAAAAUAGGUGAUUGGGUAGCCGCGGGGCUGGGAUCUCGAUCUUCUUCCAGCAGUCGCAGAUUCGGGGAGAGCCCAGGGCGAUGGCGAACUGGCUGGGGCUCAGGCGGAGGAAGGGUAGGACAGGGGGGACCGCCAAGAGAAAGUUCCCAGCGCCGUACCCAGUCAGGGAGAGAUGGCGCUGGGUGUGACCAGACAUGGGAUUGGAGUCCAUGGCACGGGAUGCGGCACGUGGGCCACAAAUCGGUUCCCCUGUACUGCAAGGGAGAGGACGUGCAGCAGUGGCUUGCCGAAGGGGUUGAGCCACUCAGGCGCUAGGCGCUCCCUUGCGUCGACUGGAAGCGUGCUCUCACAAUGGGAGAGCCAGGCGUGGAGGGGUGUGGCCGUGUGGGGAGCUGGAAGGGCGGCGCCAUGUGCUGCAGCGUGGAGGAAAUGGGGGGAGGCAGGGUCCGUGGGAAGGGUGGCGAGGAGCUGGCCGGCCUGGGUGAAGCUAGUGAGGAGGCCAUGGGGGCUGUCCACGGGUGGUUCGGCCAAACCCACGCCACCGAGGGAAGGUGGCAGCGAGGCGUGCCUUCACCCGCUCAUGCUCCACCUCCCCAUGGGGAAGGCGGAGGUUGCAGGUGACUAGGAGAGCUAGGAGCAGUCCAUGCAGCACUACGAAUACUGGCAUGCUCUCUCUCUCCCUCUCUCUGUCCCUCUCUCGCUCCCUCUCUCUCUCUCUCUCUCUCUCUCUCUCUCUCUCUCUCUCUCUCUCUCUCUCUCUCUCUCUCUCUCUCUCUCUCUCUCUCUCAAGCGGUCCGUUUAUUGCUUGGAAAACGGGGUACAGGCUAGGCAGGCAAGGGGCAACAAGUCAAGGUACGUGCAUGUUUAAGGGCUCGAAUCUACUCAAGCUCCUCUAGGGGCUCUGCUAUGGCAAAGCAGUCCCCAGGUGCCAUGUCGGCGUCAGGGGUGCCCACUGGGGUGUGGGGGUGUCUCUCUCUCUCUCUCUCUCUCUCUCUCUCUCUCUCUCUCUCUCUCUCUCUCUCUCUCUCUCUCUCUCUCUCUCUUUCUCUCAAGCGGUCCGUUUAUUGCUUGGAAAACGGGGUACAGGCUAGGCAGGCAAGGGGCAACAAGUCAAGGUACGUGCAUGUUUAAGGGCUCGAAUCUACUCAAGCUCCCCUAGGGGCUCUGCUAUGGCAAAGCAGUCCCCAGGUGCCAUGUCGGCGUCAGGGGUGCCCACUGGGGUGUGGGGGGCCGGGGAGGCUUCAUUAACUUUUCCCAGGUAAGCCAAGGCCUGUGCCCGCUGCAGCGUCACUGACCAGCGCUGGCGAAACUGGUGGAGCAGUUUCGCUGCCUGGUAGGAGCUGGGGUCUGCAUUGAAAAG